CACACUGGGAGCAAGUGAUGGGAGACCACUCAGUCCCUGACGCGCACGUCGCUCGCCCUGCGAUAUUUCCAUCCACUGUUUUGUGAUAUUUUCUCCUCUUCUAUAUUCUUCAGAUUUAGUUUUUUUUUUUGUUUGUUCAGAAUUAAAACUACUCAACUCAUUCUUCAAGCAGAACUGGAAGUGAGGCAGGAGGUGAACUCGCGUCAUUUGGGCAUUUGCUAAAUUGCCUUUUGGGGGAAAUUACGCACCGAGAGUCCAGUAUCUGAGCCAUGGCACAGGAGUGAGGCGCCGGUGCCAACAUGCCUGUUAACUGGGAUCUAACUUUUCCACGGCGGUCCUAUGGAAUAUAGUCCGAUUCUACACAGCCUACAUGUUGUGCCAUCACCCCACGUGAAGAACAAACUCUUCGUAUUCUGCAUCAUGCUGUCGCUCUGGGUCUACAUGAUUUAUUGCUGUGUCGGCUACUGCUCCACGAUGCCGAACCUGGCGUACGGCUCGGUGAGCAGCGGGCGCGAAAGCGACGCAGAAGUUGACAACCAGGAGUCUUCCUUAGGGGCGUCCAGGGACUUGCUGAAUAACGAGAACGAUUUGGACAGCAGAGGAGAGGAGUGGGAUGAGAUGAGAGGCGAGGCGAAGGCGUUGGAUGAUAAUGCCAUGUCGGGUUUCCUCAAUGAGUCGGAAAGUAAAAAGUUGCCCCAGGCGAUCAUCAUCGGGGUGAAGAAAGGAGGGACCCGGGCGCUGCUGGAGUUCCUGCGCCUGCAUCCUGACAUCCGCGCGGUGGGAGCCGAGCCGCACUUCUUCGACCGCAACUACGACAAAGGGCUGGAGUGGUACAGGGAGUUGAUGCCCAAAUCCUCCGAUGGCCAGUUGACCAUGGAGAAGACCCCCAGCUACUAUGUCACCAAGGAGGUCCCCGCUCGGAUUUACACUAUGUCUAAAGACACAAAGCUGAUCGUAGUCGUGCGGGACCCUGUCACGCGAGCGAUAUCAGACUACACCCAGACCCGCUCCAAGAAGCCGGACAUCCCCUCUUUCGAGACCCUGACUUUUAAGAACAUGUCAAUGGGUCUGAUUGACACCACGUGGAGUGCCGUUCAAAUCGGCAUGUAUGCCAAGCACCUCGAGCGCUGGAUCCAGUUCUUCCCGAUGGAGCAGCUGCUGUUCGUGAGCGGAGAGCGUCUGAUCAGCGACCCUGCGGGCGAGAUGGCUCGCGUCCAGGACUUCCUCGGGCUCAGGAUGGUGGUGACGGAGAAGCAUUUCCACUUUAACCCGGCAAAGGGCUUCCCCUGCCUUAAGAGACCUGAGGGGAACAGCAAACCACACUGCCUGGGCAAAACCAAAGGCAGGACCCAUCCGAAUAUUGACCCAGAGGUGGUUCAGAGGCUACGGGACUUUUAUAAACCCUUUAAUCGGAAAUUUUACCAGAUGACCGGUCAUGACUUUGGCUGGGACUGAGAUGAAAACUAGGACGACAGUCUCAUGCUGGUCCCUUGUCUGUUUUUGUUUUGUCUGGAGAUAGUGUUAUACAGCGUAUGUACAGUAUUUGGUGGAUAUGUAAAAAGUUCAGAAGUCUAUUUUAUGAUAAUUUAUUGUUACGAUAAUAUUAACUCACUAAGCUGCCUAAGCAGGUUUAUCCAAGAUCGUACUUUUCAUCCUGUUUUAAAUCUCAUUACAAAUAUUUUGUUUCUAUAAAAGCACAAUGUCUUUUACGGGUAUUACGAGCAGGGUCAGUAUCCUUUCUUUUUUUUAAACCAUACUUUUGGCUUGAUGUUAUUUUCCCAAAUGCUGCUUUUGCUUCACCUUAACCUGAAAGAGAUCCAUCUCCACAAACAACUGGUAAUAUCCCCUUAACAUGUGCCUGACCCUCAGAGGUCCAUGGGCCCACUUAGUCGAUACAGGCCUCAGCUGAUCCAGUGCCACUUGCCAGGUGGAUCAAUACAGUAAUAGCUCCUAAUCAUGUCAGUUAGACCUGAGUGAUGGCACCGUCUUGAUCUCCCGAGCGCUGCAAUAAAACACGGAUCCAUUAAUGGCAGUACGUUUAUGUUUGACCCUUGAGCCAACUUCAAGUUAAUAUAAUGAUAUACAGUAAAUUUCCAGUGCAAUGUUUCGACUUAACCACUAUUUAUACCUGUUCUACAGAGGAAUGUUGAUCGGGAUCCAAUAGAGAUUCCUGUCAUGGUACUUUUGACCCGGUUUCAUCCUUUGUUUCCAAAAACCUGCUGCACAGGCUUCAUUUAUUGGCCUUUCCAAACCUAAAAUGAAUCAAAUGACUGUAGUGGCUGCUGAUCCUAGACAUGUUAAUGGGGCCCUUAUCCACGAUAGCAUAUAGAAAAUAUGCUUUUUCUGUAUUCUACGUUCAGUGAUAGCUGAAGAGAAUUAAAACCAACCUACCUGCUGUCAAUAUUUAGUUUCAUGUAUACGGUUGAGUUUUAUUCAACCUAUUUGAAUUUUUUUUUUACAAUUCUAACAGACGUCAUGUCAUAACGACAUACCCUGUUGUUGUAGAGGCACUAUUUUUUUCUGUACUCAUUGCUUUACAAACAUGAGACUGAAGCAGGUUUGACUGAGACGUUGAUUAAAAGGUGCAGUCAUGUCUUUUUUUUUUCUUUUUUUUUUUUAUGAAGCAGGAAAUAAAUGUUUUACCAAAAUCA